AUGCCUCCCGCAGUCCGAUCAACACGGCAGCGUGCUGUCACGAAUGAGAACGAUGAGAACGCCGGCCCUACGCGUAUGACGCGUGCAAAGGCCGCUGGCCUGGGCGCGACUGAGCACGCCGGCGACGUGCCCAAGAAGACCCUAGCCGCCAAGAAGUCCACAGCCACAUUGAACGGCGCCACACGGACACGAACAACGCGUGCCGCUCUGGGCGACGUCAGCAACACCAUCAAGGUCGAGGGCCUCGGUGCCGGCGCCAAGGAUGGCAAGAAGCCCGCUGCUACCAAGGGCGCCGUCGCCAAGGCAGCGCGUCCUACCGGAGUGCAGAAAGCAUCCCAGGCCGAGAAGACGCGUCCUGCUCUCUCAUCCAAGCCCGCCAACAAGCGCCUCGCCCCUGCCGACGCCAACAAGACCGGCGGAAAGAAGCUCAAGGCACCGCCACAGGAGCAGGACACAGAGGAAGAGGAGGAGAAUGUUGUACCAAAAGAGGAAGAGAAGCCUGCCAAAGUGAAGAAGGAGGUUGCCAAGGUCGAGGCUGUCGAGCAAGAGCCCAUCUCCAAGCGUGAAGAGCCCGUCGAGGUCUUUGAUGACUACGUCGAUCUGGACAAGGAGGACGUCGACGACCCAUUGAUGGUCUCCGAGUAUGUCGUCGAGAUCUUCGAGUACCUGAAGGAGCUUGAGAUUGCCACCAUGGCCAACCCCGAUUACAUGGAAAGCCAGAAUGAGCUUGAGUGGAAGAUGCGUGGUAUCUUGGUCGACUGGCUGCUCGAAGUUCACACUCGUUUCCGUCUCCUGCCCGAGACUCUCUUCCUCGCCGUCAACAUUAUCGACCGCUUCCUAUCUUCCAAGAUUGUCCAGCUGGACCGUCUGCAGCUGGUCGGUGUCACCGCCAUGUUCAUUGCCUCCAAGUACGAGGAGGUACUUUCGCCCCACGUCCAGAACUUCCGUCACGUUGCCGACGAUGGUUUCACAGAGGAGGAAAUCCUCAGUGCAGAGCGCUUUGUGCUCACCGCCUUGAACUACGAUCUGAGCUACCCCAAUCCCAUGAACUUCCUCCGCAGAAUAUCAAAAGCCGACAACUACGACAUCCAGACCCGCACACUCGGCAAGUACUUGCUCGAGAUUGGUUGCCUAGACCACCGCUUCCUCGCACACCCCCCCAGUCAGGUCGCCGCCGCUGCCAUGUUCCUUGCCCGCCUCGUACUCGAACGCGGUCCAUGGGACGCCACCCUCGCGCACUACUCCGGCUACAGUGAAGAGGAGAUCCAGCCUGUCUUGUACCUGAUGAUUGACUACCUCUCCGGCCCAGUCCUUCACGAGGCGUUCUUCAAGAAGUAUGCCAGCAAGAAGUUCCUCAAGGCGUCCAUCGUCCUUCGCAAGUGGGCCAAGGAAUACGUCGUCGAAUGUGGUAACGCCCUGCAUGAAGAGUCCUCGCAGCCCCGUAGCAAGUGCUAA